UCUUCAUCUGAGGAAAUCAGACUUUACAUAAGCAUACAAACAUUUAAGGAAUUAUGACAGCUUAAAGUCAAGAUUAAAAGGAUUGUUUACAAACAAUUACAGCCAAAGUGUUACGGAUAAGGAUUUCUUAAACAUAAAGUACAAGCAGCUAAUAUCAUUGGUAUAACCUGUUUAAAUGAGCUAAAGUGUGUUAUUUAAAAUGUCAAUGCACAGUUCAUUUUUCAUUUUAUGCCUUGUUAAAGUCAACAACUGGUACUGGAUUUCACAACCCACUGAUAAAGUAAAGUUCAUGUAGGUAAGUUUUCUAAAUAAAUAAUUGUUACACAGUCCACAGUUAAAUUAUUGAUUAAUGCCUGAUACCCGGGACACAUCAAUAUUUUAUUGAUUUCAAUGGUAAUGUUUAUAAAAAAACAAUUUAGAUAUUGGUUUUGAAAAUAUUCAAGUUUUAUUUAAUUUUAUUCCGUGUCUGAAGAAAAUGUUUUAUAAUGCACAUACCUUGAAGACACCAGAUUGGUAAAUCAUUGUUAUAUAUGGACUAACCCUUACACAAAAUAUAUCGUCGCAACAAUUAAAAGUUUUAGGAUGAUGAAAUUUUCAAUAAGUUGGAUUUUCUCAGAUAAAGAAUUAUAUUUAUGUCCCAUGUAAAUUUAUAAAGCUAAGAUUUAUCCUAAGUAUUGAUGACAUUUAAUUUUCAAUAAUAUCCAACGACCGUGUUUGGGAUAAUAGCUUUAAAUAACUCUUUUAAUUUCAAAGAAAACAGUGAUAUUGAAAACAUUGAUUAUUAAAAUUUUACAGGAUUUUAUAAUAUUUUCAUGUUUUAAUAUGAUUUAAUAACCUUAUCAAUUAUCAAAAAUUUAAAAAAGAUUUUAUUUGAUAAUGUAUAUUGAUUUUUUAUUUUUGACCAAUGUGUCUCAAAUGAUAAAGUAGGUGCAGAGAUGGUCAUAUGUGCUAAAAGUGAUUGUGCUCGAAAACGUUGUCUUAUCUUUUGACAUAUUUACAUUAUGAAGUGUUUUUGCUAUGAUGGCUGCUUUUGUAGUUUAAAUAUAAUUUUGAAUGGUUUGUAGUAUAUAAACACGUACCAACCGCAACUUAUGAAAAUAAUGAUGUACACAAUAGUGACAUAGUGGUGCUCGAAACUCACACGAUGUUUUAGCUAAAAAAGAUAAAUAACUAAAAUCGCUUAAUGUGUCACACCGUUUUUAUGCGAUUUGACUAUGUUACCUAUUCUCUAAAUUUGCCUGUCGUAAAAUAUUAAAAUUCUAUUCUUAAAAUAUAAAUGUCGAAAUAUCCAUUCAUUUGUAAGAGGAGGAACAAAAUAAUUGCACAUUUGAACAUGCGAGCUCUUGAAAGUCUUACUUUUGAUAUACAGGUAUGUUAUGUGAAAUAUGUUGAUAUUUUAAUAGACGUCUUAACACUAUCUUAAUUAGUAAAUAUAUCACUUAGUCGUCAUCCGCUGUGAACAUCUUUUUCAGGAUUCAGGGCCACUUAGACACUUUUAUCGAUGACAUUACACUUAUACAGUUCAUUAACUAUACACUUUGAUUUAAAAAACAAAAAAACAAAAAAAAACCACAGUCUGUUGAUCAAUCAACUAAACGAAGUAAAUGAAGUCAAUGCCUUGGAAAAAAAUCAUCUCUUGUAAGAGUAAUUUUCUUCAGACUCGUCGACCAAAAUUUAACUUGGAUUUAAAACAAUUCGGACUUAAAGAAAAAAAAUCGUGUUUAAGCAAUUACAAGUAAUUACGCAUGUAUAACAUGAGGAAAUGUCUUAAGAUUUUUAUGAGUUGAUUUCAAUUGUGUAAAACAAUAUGUAGCAAUAUGUGUCUUCUUUCAACAAAUAUAGCAUGUUGAAUUUGUCUGCCUCCACCACCAAACUUGAAAAACGCAAUCUGACCUUAAAUGUAUCUGUGUAAAAAGCCAUCAAAAAGUAUUUGCACUAUAUUGCUUGAAAAUUUGUUGUUAACUCAUUCAUUUUGUUUUGUUUUUAGAUAUCAUUUCAUUUUUGCUCUUUUUUAGUAUAAACCCAUUUUUAGACAUUGGCCAAGCAGAGGGAGCUUUUGUUAUGGGCAUAGGUUACUGGUUGUUGGAGGAAACAAUUUAUGAUGAAAAGACUGGGAAAAACCUCACCAAUGGAACAUGGGAUUACAAGCCUCCAACAUCAAAAGAUAUACCAAUAGAUUUUAGGAUACAGCUGUUGAAAGAUGCUCCUAACCCUAUCGGUAUCCUCAGAUCAAAAGCAUGUGGAGAACCUCCAUUAUGUAUGAGUUGCUCCGUAUUGUUUGCUCUCAAGCAUGCUGUAGAGGCAGCUCAACAAGAGGUUGGACAAGAAACCUAUUUUCCUUUGGAUGGUCCUGCUACUGUUGAGGUCAUUCAGCAAGCAUGUAUGACAGAUAUGGAAUCAUUGAAGAUAAACUAGAUGUGAACAUUAUUAUUGUAAAAAAAAACAUGUAACACUAUUUUAAAAACUAGCCCGUGUUUGGCGAUUCUUAGCAAAUUUGUAUAACAAGGAAACUUCUAUAAAUUGAGUUGAAGUGACCUUUUUAUUGUGUAUUUUUCAUCCUCCUGGAUAAAAUCUUCAGUUGGAAGAAUUCAAUGUCUACAAUUGAAUUAAACUUAUUUAAUGGAGUUGUUAAAUAUUUCAAGUCAGGGACCUUUAUGUUUGUCAAUUAUUUUCUAGUUUAUAAGAAGUUUACUUAAUUAAUUUGCUAAAUAUAAUAUUUUCUCGGUUAGUGGAAUAUUUUCGGGCAUUAUACUAAGAUUGCAGGUAAUAUAAG